AUGAAAAAGGACAUAAGUAAGCGGGACAUGUUCAAAUUUUGCAAUUUUCAUGGAGAUUAUGGCCAUGACACUAAUGAAUGCAAAAAUUUAAAGCAGGAAAUUGAAUUCGUGAUAAGAAAAAAUAACUGCCAUGUGCAAAAAUAUGUCAAGGCCAACCAGAAUCAGUGGGCCGCCCAAGAAAACAAUAACCAAGACCUGUUACUGCCCCCACUAGUGGAUGGACAUUUACAUGUCAUCAUCGAGGGCCCACAUAUAGCUGGAGAUUCAGGCAAAGCUCGAGAGAGGUAUGCUCGAACCUUACAACACGAGAAAAAAGAAGUGGUCCUGGCCGUAGAGGAAAGGAAGCCUAAAAUGCCACGGGUAGGGGAACCCACUAUAACAUUCAAUGAAGAAGAUGCUGUCAAUGUUCGCUUCCCGCACAAUGAUCCAUUAAUCGUGGAAGUACAGAUAGCCAACAUAACAGUGGCCUGA